CAGUCUGAAUUGAAACAUUAAAGUCUAAGCAACACUGCAAUUAAAAACAACGGCAGACGAAUUCAAUAUCGUUUACUGACAUUCUGUAAAUAAAGACAUACAUAUAUAAAUAGUAUCUACUUAUUUAUAGAUUAUUUACUUACAUACAUAUAAACAAGAGAAAAUAAUAUAAUGGGUGAACAUGAAUGGAUUUCCACCAACAUCGAAACCGAUUUGCCGCCAUUUGCCGUCCAAGCUGGUCACGAUUCGGAUGGUGAUCCGAUCUUUGUCGGUCGCGCCUACCACAAAGGCGAUGUAGUAGUUGCUAAAGUUGUGCCCAACAAGCAACAAGCGUAUGUCGCCUGGGGUGGUGAGGAGGUGAACAAACAUGAUAUAGAGGUAUUGGUGGGACAUAACUAUCACUGGGUGCCCGAUGCAAAUGGUUCAGUGCCACCUGGGGCUGUUAGCUGUGGACUUACUAGCCUUGGUGAACCAUUGUAUGUGGGACGUGGUUAUCAUGCCAACAGUUUGACACCCGGCAAGAUUCAUCCAUCUCAGGGAUGCUUGUAUAUUGGAUUUGGUGGCGAAGAAGUGACUCUCACCAACUAUGAAGUGCUGGUGCGGAAUUAAUUGUCAACCGCGUGGGGAAGGUUUGGUGUCAAUGACUGCAAAUUAGGAUCUGACUAAAAAAAACUGGGAGUUUGGAUAUUUAAAUGAAUGCUAUAAUAUAUGUAAAGUUUUAUAUGUUAUUAAAAAAAUGUUAUAAAAAAUUUUAUAAAUAAAUAACAAACGCUGAAUUUUAAGUAGUCAACUUUGAAA